CAAUGGUGUUCUGUAGAGCUUCGGAUGAGCAGGAGUUAAAUCUUCUGUAUUCCUGGGUCAAAAUCCUUUCAGUACACAUCACUGGCAUGAGCAAAGGUCAGAAAUUGAGAUAGAUAAUGCACAAAAACACAUGAACCAGGAGAGACACACACAAACGCACACAUUUUGUGAGAAAGGAAAUUCACACACAUAGAGACAAACACACAUUAAUGCAUAACUACAAUCACACACUGACACAUAUUUUAUGUACAAACAGGUAGACUCACAGACGGACACACUAAGAUAGGGAGACACAAGAAGACAGCCCUCCUGGAAGGUGAGAGAAUAUUGUGUCUUGUAUGUAAAUGCAUUGUAUAUUCAGAGAGACAUUCAGCUGUGUUGUCCUUGUAUGUAUCAAUAUGUGUAGGAAUACAAAGAGCAGUUCUAUUAGUUGUGUCCUCGGAUUUCUAUGUAUCUAUCUACAAGCAGGUGACACAUUGACAAAUAUAAAUGGGCAGUUGACAAAAAAAGUAAAUCUGUGUAUAGCAUAGAGAUCCGAAAGUAAAAGUGACACAAUGUUAUAUAUAAUAUAAUGACAGCAUUCACCUUCUGUAUAUAGAACAGGAACACUAUUCUAUGUGUGUAUAGAUUAAGCACACGACUGUCUUUGACAGGGUUAUGUAUGGAAAUGUGAACUGCUCGGAAUUAAAAAUGUUAUUCCAAAAUAUUCCAACUGAAUACAUUGCUGAUUUGGAGAAUUCACAGUUUAGUGUACAACUCUCUCUAUAUCUCUCUGUAUGUACAAAACAGUGACAUCAUUCUCUGUGUGUACAAGACAGUGACAUAAUUCUCUGUGUGUACAAGACAGUGACAUAAUUAUCUGUGUGUACAAGACAAUGACAUAAUUCUCUGUGUGUACAAGACAGUGACAUAAUUUUCUGCAUGCGUAUUGAAUAGUCACAUCUAUUUCUUUGUAUAUAAUUGUACAUGUAUUAGGGGCACUGUUCAUAUAUUUAUUCAACUAAAUUAUUGGCAAAAGAAACUCAGUAAAGAGGCCAUGCUCAGGCAAACUUUUAAUAAACUAUUUAUCUCUCUCCUAUUUAGAACAAUGGCAUUAUCCUCUCUGUUUGUGUACAACAUAAAGGAUAGUCACAUCAUUCUUUCUCAAUAUUUUUAGAACAGUCACCAAUAGUGCCCUAUACCCUGUGUGUAUAAAACAGUAAGCCAUACCCUGCAUGUAUAGAACAGUGACCAAUUCCCUCUGUGAAUAAAACAGUGACCCAUUCCCUGUGUGAAUAGAACAGUGACCCAUUCCCUGUGUGUAUAAAACAGUGACCCAUUCCCUGUGUGUAUAAAACAGUGACCCAUAUCCUCUGUGAAUAGAACAGUGACCCAUUCCCUAUGUGUAUAAAACAGUGACCCAUUCCCUGUGUGAAUAGAACAGUGACCCAUUCCCUGUGUGAAUAGAACAGUGACCCAUUCCCUGUGUGUAUAAAACAGUGACCCAUAUCCUCUGUGAAUAGAACAGUGACCCAUUCCCUGUGUGUAUAAAACAGUGACCCAUUCCCUGUGUGAAUAGAACAGUGACCCAUUCCCUGUGUGGGUAAAAGAGUGACCCAUAUCCUCUGUGAAUAGAACAGUGACCCAUUCCCCUUGUGGGUAAAACAGUGACCCAUUCCCUGUGUGUAUAGAACAGUGACCCAAACCCUGUGUGAAUAGAACAGUGACCCAUUCCCUGCGUGUAUUCCCUUCGUGAAUAGAACAGUGACCCAUUCCCUGUAUGUAUAGAACAAGUGACCAAUUUCCUGUGUGUAUAAAACAGUGACCCAUUCCCUCUGUGAAUAGAACAGUGACCCAUUCCCUCUGUGAAUAGAACAGUGACCCAUUCCCUCUGUGAAUAGAACAGUGACCCAUUCCCUGUGUGUAUAGGUCAGUUCACAUGGAUGGGAAUUAUUUUCAGAAACAUUAUGACAUAUAUUUCAAUGUACAGAUCAUAUCUCCAAACCUCAUAAUGUACAGUGUAUGAUAUCAUGCAUUAUACCCCAUGACGCAAGGUUUGACUGCUACUCUCUGGGCCGUCUUUACCGCAGAGCAAAAGGGGCAGCUGCCCUGGACCCCAUAUUCUGUAGGGGCCAACAGCAGCUGCUCCAUGUGUCCUCUAAACCAGGGCUUUUUAAUAUGUGCAUGUGCGGCCCGUGGAUGCUAGGAAUCUGGACCAAAGACAAUGUUGAGGCAGGUAAGUGGUAUGUCUAUGUGAUACACUGACUUAUCCUGUGUCAUGCAGGCGUUACACAGACAUCUCUUUCUUUCUACAGACGUUACAGAGAUUUAAGACAGAUAAGAUACUAUAUCUGCAUGAUGGAAGACUCUUUGCGGAAACAUAUCCUAGCUCUGAGUGUUUUCCAAUGGGUUCUGUCAUUUCUUCUGAUGGGUAAAUACCUGUAGAGAUAAAGAACAGUAAAACUGCAUUAUGUAAAAAAAAAUGUAACUUGCAAAUAAAUAAUGAUGGGGCAAGUAUAAGAAGAAGCGGCUCUGCCACGUGAUAUUUUCUUUAUAUAAAUCAAUUUAAAAUGAUAAUCUUAAAAGCGUAACAUUCAUUUUCUUAUAACAUGUAAUAUAGCAAGUGGAGUAUUCACUAAAGUGUAAAUUAUUGGGAAUUCAAAAAGGUCUGCUACGUUUUCAUGUAUUUUGUCCUAAACUUUGAAAUCCACUCUGAAUUCUCAUUAAAUUACACUUCAGUGAAUAUCUCUGAUAUACGGUACUUGUGAGCGUUGUGGGGCACUGUUAGCGAUACCCAGUCUAGGUAGGGGCACAGAUGAAAACACAGAGUAUAAUAAGUGUUUAAACAUAUAUACAAAUGGUCAAUCACUGGGGGCUACUCUGGUGAGACACGUUAGGCAGCAACACAACCCAACCUGGGGUCGCUCCUCUCCUGUCAGUGAUAAUAUACUUGAAGAGGAAGUGGUGCCUUAAACAUCCUUAAAUGUGCAAAUGACAAGAAUUGGACAAAGUAGAAACUGAUAGUUUAGUAUAUUUAAAUCAACGGGGGAGGAAGACAAAGUCAACAGUAUACCUCCAAUAUCUAUACUUGAGAGAUAUAAUCCCCGCUUAUGGAUGGAAGUCCACUCUCCAAAAGUGAGAUAUGUAACAAACCAGAAUGUGAACUUCAGCUCAGCCUGGUCCCAGCAAACAACUCUUUAGAAGAGCCACUAUACAGAGGGAAGAAAUACUACAAUCUCCAGUAGCCUGAGCAACUGUCCUGUAUGAAGUAAUAAGUACAUGAAGGGGAGAAAAGGACAAGGUUGUAGGAAAUUAGGAAAUUGUGAUAGAUCAGUUAUGUUUAACAGAGUUUAUUGGGUAGAAAAUGUCUUUCUCAAGUUGGAUCUAAUCACAUGUUCACUACAUAUAAAUAAGGUCCCACCUCUACUAGUACACAAGGGACGAGGAGCUGGGAAUAUCUUAUGUAGAUGCCUGGGAUUUAUUUUAAUUAGAAAAAGUGUUUUGAAGCCAUAUGCUGUCAUUAAUGCACGAGCUGUGAUUUUGUGUGUAUUCACACAAAUGAUCAUUCAUUCAUAUUGUCCUACUGUUUCUCCUAAUUUCCUCACCCACACCCAGGUAUAUCAAAGUUCUGAAUGAAUUGUGAUGGUUUUCUUCUCAGAACUUUGCACAGUUAUGAACUUGUUUGAAUUUCCAAUUCUCGACAAUGUUUGAAGCCUUCUGUGUCGACAGAAAGUCCAGGACAAAUAUCUAUGAAGGGUAAAACCUCAGUAUAUGUGGAGUGCCCUCAUUUCAUACUAGCAAAUAACAUUUUAUAUGAAGGGCACUCACUUCCCAACCAAAGAAAUAUGCACAUUAAGGCUUAAUAUGGAAAGUAGAAGAGGUGAUGAAACCCCACAUGGAAUAGCAUCAGGUCUAUCUAUUGACACUGACAAAGAGCAGGUGGGAAAUGGUUGCUGGUACGUAUACAUUCAUGAAAGAUCCAGAUAUCUUGAAAUUAUUUCCAAGAUUUGGCACCCUUUCUUGGUUGCAAAUGUGUUGUUCUAGUUGCUUAAAGGCACACUAUAGUCAUCUGAACAACUUUAGCUUAAUGAAGCAGUUUUGAUGUAUAGAACAUGCCCCUGCAGCCUCACUGCUCAAUCCUCUGCCAUUUAGGAGUUACAUCCCUUUGUUUAUGAACCCUAGUCACACCUCCCUGCAUGUGACUUGCACAGCCUUCCAUAAACACUUCCUGUAAAGAGAGCCCUAUUUAGGCUUUCUUUAUUGCAAGUUCUGUUUAAUUAAGAUUUUCUUAUCCCCUGCUAUGUUAAUAGCUUGCUAGACCCUGCAAGAGCCUCCUGUAUGUGAUUAAAGUUUGAUUUAGAGAUUGAGAUACAAUUAUUUAAGGUAAAUUACAUCUGUUUGAAAGUGAAACUAGUUUUUUUUCCAUGCAGACUCUGUCAAUCAUAGCCAGGGGAGGUGUGGCUAGGGCUGCAUAAACAGAAACAAAGUGAUUAAACUCCUAAAUGGCAGUGAAUUGAGCAGUGAAAUUGCAGGGGAAUGAUCUAUACACUAAAACUGCUUUAUUUAGCUAAAGUAAUUUAGGUGACUAUAGUGUUCCUUUAACUGUAUACUUUGACAUGGUGUAACAUGUAUGAGUUAAUUUUAUCAUUCUAUUUCUUUGCAGGAGCCAUUUUUACACUCCUCUUUUUGUAUCUGAUGUUUACCUCAUUAUGGUUGAUUCCUGUGACAUAUUUCACAUGGUUGUUCUUUGACUGGGAUACUCCAGAAAGAGGUACUUAUUUAACUAUGACCAGCUACAAUUUCACAACUGUAGCUUCUAUUGUCCCUCAGUACUUAUGAUUCCUCCUUUAUAUGCCCAUGCUAUCACACUUUCUCAGUUUAAUUCUCUUCCUUUUAACCCCUUAAGGACCAAACGUCUGGAAUAAAAGGGAAUCAUGACGUGUCACACGUCAUGUGUCCUUAAGGGGUUAAACUCUGUGAUGAUGUAUUACCAUUACUCGUUCCCCAUUCCUUUCUCAUUCUUCAUCUGUCAAUUCCUGUUUCUUUAUAUUUUGUUAUUCCCCAUUUUCUGAUAUUUUUGCAUUCAUUGCUUUAUACUAUUUUUCAAAUUUGGCUGCAUUGCAUGUACUAUUACUCAGUUUCUUCCAACUCCUUGGUUACCAGUAUCUUCUUAACUCCUUCAGGACACAUGACAUCUGUGACGUGUCAUGAUUCCCUUUUAUUCCAGAAGUUUGGUCCUUAAGGGGUUAAAGGGACACUAUAGUCACCUGAACAACUUCAGUUUAAUGAGGUUGUUCAGGUGAGAACCAUAGCUCCCUGCAGCCUUUCUCAUGCAAACACUGUAUUUUCUGAGAAAAUACAGUGUUUACAUUGACAGCUAGGAACACCUCCAGUUGCAGUCACUCAGAGUGAACCAGAGGGACUUCGGAGUUGAUGGAGGCAUAAUAUGCCUCCAUCCACUCAGAUCUGCUGUCAGCAGAGCACAGAGCAGCACUGUGCACAGCAUCCUGUGAUUCAGUAUCUCCUCCCUCUGCAUGCAGACACUGAACUUUCCUCAUAGAGAUUCAUUGAUUCAAUUCAUCUCUAUGAGGAGAUGCUGAUUGGCCAGGGCUGUGUUUGAAUCAUGCUGGCUCUGCCCCUGAUCUGCCUCUUUGUCAGUCUCAGCCAAUCCUAUGGGGAAGCACUGUGAUUGGAUCAGGCUACCACAUGUCAGCAGACUGCUUAUUUUUCUGAGUCUUACAGCAUGCAGAUUUACAGCUUCUGGCUUGAAUACAGUAAGAUUUGUAUUAUAUUUAUGGAGGCAUGAGGGGCCCAGGGGGGCUAGAUGGUGGUGUUAACACUAUAGGGUCAGGAAUACAUGUUUGUGUUCCUGACCCUAUAGUGAUCCUUUAAGCUUUAUCCUUAUAUUUCCCAUCUCGUUUGUGAUAGCUUUCCAUUCCAUGUUUCCCACUAUCUUAUCACUUUUCUGUCUUCUUUCUCCACCUUUCUCAAUAUCCCAAACUCUAGAAUUCUCUAUCUGGUCUUGUCUUUUCAGGUGGUCGUAGAACUCAGUGGGUGAGGAGAUGGACUGUAUGGUCAUGUUUCAGAGAAUAUUUCCCUAUAAAGGUUCCUGUACAAAACAUUUUUAUUUUAUCCUUACUCCUCACUAUAUUUUCUCAUUUUUCUUAUUUAAUCAAUUUCCUUAACCUUCCAAGUUCUGUAACUCCACCUUCUUAUCGCUGUACUUUUCAUCUGUAAUGCUUUACAAUACAUCCUUAGCCCCGUACAACUAAUAUCUUCAGUUAUUGUUGUUUUCUAUCAACUUCCCUCUUACCCCCAUAUCCCGUCACUCUCACUAUAACUCAUUUCUACGUCUUUUUCCUUCUCCAAUUUUACCAUGCCUCUUACAUACUUUUAUCUUCUCAGCAUAUCUAUUUCCCUUUACAUUUUUCUUCACACUUUCCCACACUCAUUUACUACCAGGGACUUCAAACUCUCAUGGACCAAAUUUAACAUGGAAGAAUAAAUGUAUAGCCCAAAAUGAAAAGGCUUCUGAUUGGUGAAGCCUCCCUUUGGAGGAGUAGUAGCUUGUCACGUGUGAAGUUUCUGGAUCAUUGAGGACCAUUUUUAAUAUAAUUUUUUGCCAUUUUUGAUGCAUUAUCUAUAAAAUACAUACAAAAGAUAUGCAGUCAUUUGAACCCCAUACUUUACAAUUGGAUCUAACCUAAUGUAAUGUUUCUCUAUUCUUGUCCAAAGAUAUUCUUCCUCCAUCAGUCUGUUCAAUUCAAAUACUUUUUUUCCUUCUUGCUGUUCUUUUCUAUAAAUCUCAAUAUUUCUACAUUACAUUCCUUUUUUGGGACCCAUCUGUCUUUUUCUGACCUGUUCUGUCUGACCGCUGUCUCUUUCCUUACAGCUGGUGAAAACAUCCUCACUUAGUCCUGAUAAGAAUUAUGUUCUGGGUUGUCAUCCUCACGGCAUCUUAUCUGCUGCUGCCUUCUGUAAUUUUGCGACUGAAGCUAAUGACUUUUCCAACCUGUAUCCUGGGGUCUGUCCUUGGCUAGCGGUUCUUGCAGGCAUAUUCCGUCUGCCUGUUUUUCGGGAUUAUUUAAUGUCAGCAGGUGAGUGACUCAGCAUAGAAGAAAUAAGUUCUACUUAAAUUGGUGAAAAUUCUAGGGUUUUAUGGUUUUGUAUAUUAGUGGUAGAAAAAGUAAUGUAAUGACAAUUCUUGGAAAAUCACAAGCAAAUUUCUUUCAACUUCCGAGAAGUUUUUUUUUUUUUUUUUUAACAACAACUUAAAAUAAAACACCUGAUGUAUGAAAUGAAGAGAUACCAGGUCUACAGAUUGAAUAUUCACGCAUUCCACCAGAAAAUCCAACAGGGAAUGAUCUACAAAAUGUUCCUUUCUCGCAUUAUGGACAAUACAAUACAAUAAUACGACUAUUGUGCUUUGCAACUUAUGGCAAUUUUUUGACCACAUACCUUCUGUAAUCCAUUAUCUCUCCCGGCUCUCUCUAUAUCUUACUCAUAUAUUGUAAAGUGCUUCUGAAUAAUUGGUGCUAUAUGUACCAAUAAUAAUAAAAUAAUUUUUCCUCAGGCAUUGUCCCAGUGAGUAAAGACAGCAUACGGUUCCUGCUUUCUCAAAGCGGUUCAGGAAAUGCAGUCUUCAUUGUAGUGGGAGGUGCAGCAGAGUCCUUGCAGAGCAGCCCAGGGGAGCAUAUAGUCAUGUUGUCAAGGAGAAAGGGUUUUGUAAGACUGGCUCUGCAAAACGGGUAUGUAAACUGUUAUCUUUAAAAUACAGUAAUAAGAAGAAACAAACACAGUUUUAGGGAACUGUGUCAAUUUUCUGCAUUUAGAGUGCACAUUGAUCAAGCUCUGGCACACAUACACACUAUUCUUCAAGAAGAGUGACGUUCCACUGAUUCUACCUCAGUUUUUGACCAUUUAUUUUAGUGGAUAUGUUGCUCAGCAGGUCAAGUUGAGAAACUUUUGUAUCUCCUGAUUUGGCAAGAGGCUGACCCACAUAUCAAUACCACCUUUGCAGGUUGCAUUGAUUUAUGUUAAAAAGGGACAAUAUAGUCACCAGAACAGCUUUAGCUUAAUGAAGCAGUUUUGGUGUAUAGCACAUGCCCCUGCAACCUCACUGCUCAAUUCUCUGCCAUUUAGGAAUUAAAUCACUUUGUUUAUGAACCCUAGUCACACCUCCCUGCAUGUGACUUUCACAGCCUUCCUAAACACUUCCUGUAAAGAGUCAUCUAAAGAUUAUCCUUUCUUUAUUGCACAUUCUGUUUAAUUUAGAUUUGCAUAUCCCCUGCUAUGUUUAUAGCUUGCUAGACCCUACAAGAGCCUCCUGUAUGUGACUAAAGUUAAAUUUACGGAGCAAGAGAUACAAUUGUUUAAGGUAAAUUAUAUCUGAUUGAAAGUGAAAUUAGUUGUUUUUUUUCAUGCAGGCUGUUUCAGUCAUAGAAAGGGGAGGUGUGACAAGGACUGCAUAAACAGAAACAAAGUGAUUUAACUCCUAAAUGGCAUUAUUUAUACACUAAAACUGCUUCAUUAAGAUAAAGUUGUUUAGGUGACUAUAGUGUUCCUGUAACCUUGCACUUGUGUCUAAUUAAGUGGCUCAUCAAAUAUGAAAUAGGAUACUGCCUGUACCUACAAUGGACAAAAUGAUAAAUGCAACACUUUGUUUUUGCCCCCAUUUUCCAUGAGCUGAACUCAAAGAGCUAAGACUUUUUCUAUGUACACAAAAUGCCUAUUACUCUCAAAUAUUGUUCACACAUCUGUCUAAAUCUGUGUUAGUGGGCACUUCUCCUUUGCCGAGAUAAUCCAUCCACCUCACAGGUGUGGCAUAUCAAGAUGCUGAUUAGACAGCAAUGAUUAUUGCACAGGUGUGCCUUAGGCUGGCCGCAAUAAAAGGCCACUCUAUGACCUGUUCUUUAUAACAAUAUCCUAAAAAGCCACACAAUUUAUUAAACCAAUAGAAAACAAAAUCUAGAUCUUUUUAUAGAAAAAUGUAUGUGUCUUACUGUUUAUUUAGUCUCAGUGAAAAUAUGAUCAAAUAAAUUACGGGGAAAACAACACAAAGCAACGAUAGAUUUUCUGUUCAAAGUGCUUCACAAUUGCUUUGUUCCAUUUACGGUGUGGGCGGUCCAUCCUCUCCUCUGUUUAAACUCCAGUUGGCUAACAAUGAUAAAUUGGUUGAUGUAAUGUUAUGGAGUAAUGAUUAAAUAACCAUUCCUAUAGUCUAUGUCAUUCCAUCAACACGAGCUGCACACAUUAAGACCACCCAUAGAUGGAGCUGGAGAGCUAGUACUGAUGUGUGUUCUAUUAAACAGCAAUGUAUGUUUUUCUGUGUUCAUACUAUGGUGCAUUGAUUGGUCAAUGAUUUUGUAUUGAUGAGCAAUAGCUGCUUUCCUAAUAACCAACUUUCCACUAAUUCCCUCACAGGGCAGAUCUGGUCCCAGUGUAUUCCUUUGGUGAAAACGACAUCUUUGAGCAAGUCCGUUUGAACCCAGAUUCCUGGGGUUGGAAGUUGCAGCUUCUCUUUCAGAAACACGUAGGAUUUGCUCCAUGCUUGUUCCAUGGUAGAGGAGUGUUCAAUGUGGACAGCUGGGGCCUCAACCCGAUCCCACGCACUCUUACCACUGUGGGUGAGUAGCGAUGGCAUAGACAGACAGACAGAUGGAUAGGUAGGCAGGUAGAUAGAUAGAUAGACAGAUAGGUAGGGAGGUAGGUAGAUAGGAAGAUAGAUACGUGAUGUUCUAAACCAGGCAGAUUUACCUAGUUUGGAUUCACCACGAUUUAUUUCGUACUUAACUACAUACUAACAGAAAGACUUCUAUUCCAAGAUCUAAACCAGCAACAUGUCGACAAGAUCUAAAAGGUUGUAACUGUUUAUUUCAUGGUUGAUUAGUGGUCAUUGGUGCCAUGUGGAUCACACCAUUGGUCCUUUUUGAUUUAACCGGUUGUGUCUAAAACUGUCCAUUGCUAAUGGUGCCUGCAGAAAUGCAGGAUGUAGUCUGAAACUCAAAGCCUGCCUGUACCCAUUUGCAUCAACCUGGGAAUUCUGGGAGAAUUAUGGAACUUUAUUUUCUCUUAUGAGGGAUUUUUAAAAACAAUUUCUAAUUUUUUUUUUUAAUUAUUAACUCAAACCACAUAUUGAUUGACAUAUACCCAAAACAAUGCCUGGAAAAUACAAAAUAGUAUUAUAUGGCAUUGCAGCCAAUAGCAUAUGGAAUGAGAGUUUUUUGUUUAAAUAAGUAGACAGAUAACACCGUGUCUAUAUAACAAAAUGUAUUGGCAAAAAGAAAUAACAGAAACAUUUAAACUACAAAUAAAGUGACCACAGGGAAGCCCAGUAGAAAAAAACUGGCAAACUAGUUGAGUAUUGUAUAAACUACAUGUGAGGGUCUAAUACCGAGCCGGCUAUCUCAUGGACUUAACAUAGUCAGCCGAUUCCUAGGCUAGGUAAUGGUAGAUAUAUUUCAUGAGGGUCACUCAUUUAGGCAUCCACAGCAGGCCCUGGAGGACAACUGUACCAGCCCAGAGCUUGGGAAGGAGCCAACACCUUCACUCCAUGGACCCAGUGACUAACAGUGUUCCAGUUGAUCUCCCUUAGGGGUUUAUGAAGGAGCCAGGAUUGGAUUUCACUAUCCGCUGUCUCCUCCAGGUUUGCCUCUACCGGUGUGGAAAAUGUUUUGAGGACAUCCCUCGAAUGGUUAUCAGCCUGGGUAGGCUCUGUUGUACAGGCAGGAUGCUGCUUCUGUUAUAAAUACCUGUCACAUGACUCCCAGACCUUCCUCUGCACCCACUCCUAUCUCCUUCAAGAUGGAUAACAUUGUUUAGCUGGUUUCAGUCUGGCCUAAAAUUUCUCACAGAUUCUAUUGAAGGUUGCCAAAAGCUCUACAGGUUAAGGCCUAUGCUGUGGGACAUUCGGCUUCAUGACCAUCUUGGAAAUAAAGAGAGCACAGAGAGCACACUGGCUCAAAGUGCACUUAUCCCCAGACAUGGACAGACAGACUCCUGGUGGGGACCAGGAUAACCAAAGGUGGGAAAGUGGGGAGCCAACAAGUCGAGGAACCAAAGACAGGUGAUAAACGUAGGAAAUGGCCGCUUCCCCACUCAGUUGUCAGAUUAGUUCUUAAGUCUCUGGAGCUUCAAGGUGGAUCAACAAUGAUUAAAAACGCACUAGGGGCUAUAAGAACUACAGUAGCUGUAAAACCAUAUAUAUACAGUUGCAAUUGAAAUUAGAGGCAUGCUAUUGAGAUUAUUGUAUUGCACCUGAUAUCAGUGUUAUGCACACGUGUAGCUUAGACACCCUGCCAGGUAUCAGUGGGAUGCUCUGCAGAUUAUGAAUAACAUGCAAUGCAGAGUUAAUAAAUGAAAUGCUUUGCAGGUUGUAUCAGUGAGAUGCUCAGCAGACUGUGCAAGGAAGAUGCUCAGUAGUUUAUUUCGGAGAGAUGUCCCACAUGUAUAGUCAGGUUUUUUUAGGGUGUUAUAAUACAAAGAUCUGAAGGUUAUAUCAAUGAGAUGUUCUGACGGUGCAUAAGUGAGAUUCUCUGCAGGUUAUACCAGUGAUAUGCAAAUCAGGAUAUAAAAGUGAAAUGCUCUGCAGGAGUGUCUCAGUGUAAUGUCAGGUUAAGGUAACAUUAGCCAGGGAUCGUGUGUCAUCAGGUUUCAGAGAACGCUCGGAGUCAGUGAUAAGAGAUACUGAGAAUGACCGCAAUGCAGACAAGAGAAACAUGAGAAACAUGGAGGAAACUUUAACUAUAAAGAUGGAAUGUGAGGAGAAGAAAUAAAAUGUGACUGUACAGACAAGGGAAUGUGUAUCUAUAGACAGGUUAAUGUGUAUUUAUAUACAGGGAAUGUGUAUCUAUAUACAGGGCAAUGUGUAUCUAUAUACAGGGGAAUGUGUAUCUAUAGACAGGGUAAUGUGACUUUACAACAAGGAAAAGUGUAUAGACAAGUAAAGUAAAUGUAUAGAAAGGGAAUGUAUAAAGAAGGAAUGUGACUGUCAGACAGGGGAAUGUGAAUGUAUAGACAGGGAAUGUGAAUGUACAGACAAGGAAAGUGAAUGUAUGGAGACGGGAUGUAUAAAGAACGAAUGUGACUGAGUGUCAGACAGGGGAAUGUGAAUGUAUAGACAUGGAGUGUUACUGUACGGACAAUGAAAGUGAAUGUAUAGACAGAGGAAUGUGAAUGUAUAGAUAGGGAAUUUGAAUGUAUAGACGGAGACUGUGACUGUACAGACAGGGGGAUAUAAUUGUACAGACAAGGAAUGUGAAUGCAUAGAGAGGGAAUGUGAAUUUACAAACAAGGAAAGUGAAAAUAUAGAGAGGGAAUGUGAAUGUAUAGAGAAUGAAUGUGAAUGUACAGACAAGGAAAGUGAAUAUAUAGACAGAAGAAUGUGAAUGAAUAAAGACUGAAUGUGACUGAAUGUCCAGACAGAGGAAUUUGAAUGUAUAGAGAGGAAAUGUGAAUGUACAGACAAGGAAUGUGAAUGUAUAGACAGGGACUGUGACUGUACAGACAAUGAAUGUAAAUGUAUAGAGAGGGAAUGUGAAAGUACAGACAAGACAUGUGAAUGUAUAGAGAGGGAAUGUUAGAGGGAGUGUCCAGACAGGCCCUGUGACUGUACAUACAGGGGAGUGUGACUGAAAACCGAGGAGCAGAAAUAAGGACUGAGCAAUAGAACUGUCAUUGAGAGUGAGUGAGGAAAUUAGUCUGGGAAGGUAGGUGAGAGAAAGCUAUGGUGUGGUAGCAGGAUAAGGGCAGGUAGGGAGAACAAUAGAAUUGGAAAAAGGGUAUGAGACAUAAUGUUAGGGUAGUUUGGAUUGAAUAAGGUCUCCAGGAGAGAUAAUGGCAGUAAAGGGAUACAGGAACAGAGAGUGAAAUCCAUAUGUACAAAGAGGAUGCGAAAGAUGACAAUGAGAGCUACAAGGAUGAGGAGGGUAAGAAUAAAUCAUGACGCUAGAUAUAGAAAAAGUCAGGGAUAUUGAUUGGGAGAAUGAUUGAGGGAAAGAAGGGUUGGCCGGGUGAGUGAGCGAGAGAAGGUCAGGAAUGUUGAGUGAGUGCAGAGUGAGUGAGUAAAUGAGCGAGUGAGUGACAGGAGUGCAUGGCAACGAAGUGAGAGAGAUGGUGAGUUAGGGAGAGUGAGUGAAUGAGCGAGAGAAGGGCAGGUGAGUGAGACAGGACAGAGGAGGUAACAUGGGUCAUGUCCAGAAAUGCUAGAGAAAAGAACAGUGUUUUUGAGAGAAGAAGCCAGAAUAGGCAAGAGAGUGCGAGCGAUAGGGAAACAUAAAUAGGUAGAAAAGGGUCAAAAGGGUGAAACGCAGUUACAAGAUAUCCACUAGGAAUUAAAGAUGAAGUAAGGAAGAAUUGAGUUUCUGUUCUUUUCAUAAGCAUGGAAACUAUAUAUAAAUGUAUGUACAUAUGAAUAUAAAAUCUCAUUCACUCCUUAAAGACCAGCGACAGCUGACGAGGGCUUACCUUGGCAUCCCAGGAAGUCUAUGCAUUACAUUUCCCAUGGUGUUUAGAGGGGCUUCAAUUAAAAUGUCAUACAGGUACAUUUGGAUAGCCAAGGAUAGCCAUCCGUGGUCAAUCAUGUCAUAGCAAUCGGACCAUUACAUAUGCUAUUUGACCUAUUAUUAUCAACACAUUGGCUACUUAUUAACAAUGUAUUCUCCCCAUCUGUAGUUGGACGUCCCAUUUGUGUGCCUUACUCUCCAGUGCCCUCGGAGGAAGACGUGUCCUACUAUCACAAUCUAUACAUGCAGGGGCUCAAGCAACUCUUUGAUGAGCAUAAGGUUUCCUGUGGACUCUCUGAAAACGAUACUCUCUGCAUCAUCUAACCAUGACAUCUUCUUCCCAUAGAUGUGAUAGAAGAACUACAAGCUGGAAGCAGGAGGACAUUUGUGUGUGGGUGGGGAUGAUUUACAUACUCCAAGUGACUGUAGCAUUAUUUAACUCCUUCGUAACUGAGCCUUUGACGAAAUUCCGUACAUUCGUGACUAGGCCUCCAUGGUGCUUUUGCUAUUUGUUUGUUCCACCAUAAUUUAAUGUUUUCACUUUAAGUGCACCUAUACAUAGUAUAUAUUAUUUUUUAAAGGAUAAGUAGGACUUUCUGAUACCCGAUAUGUAUGCAUAUCACAACAUUGGAUAUGAAUAAAAUAUUAAAACAG